AGAUUCAAUUAAUUUUUGCAGAAGAAUUUGCAAAAAAUCAGCAAUGGCAGGGGUUCUCGAGAGAAAACCUUCCAGUUCACUUUUCAAGGAGACUUCGGCACAAAGGUUUCGUCGUGAGAGUCUAGAAAUGUGGGAGAAGAUACAAACUGAAGAAAAACACGAGGAUGGAGAGGAAAACAAGGACGGAGAGGAAGGAUUGGACAGGAUCAAACAAAUUGCUGCUCGAAGAAGAAGUCUGAUAAUCCUCAAACCAUCGGAAAAAUCGGAAACCCAAAAAAAAGACGAAAUAUUCCCUCGGAGAAGUUUGAGUAAAUUUGUGAAAACCAAACCUGCUGUUUGGGAAAUAAAAGAAAAGGAGGAGGAAGAGAAGGAGGAGAAGAAAGAAAAAGGAACAAAAACAAAAGGAAGCUUGAAACAAAAACCAGAGGAGAAGCUGGAGACUGAAGAGAAGAAACCAGUAAGAAGAAUAGGAGAGAAGAUGGCUCCUGGUCAGAAUAUUAGAAAAAUAUAAUUAACGAGAGUUGAUAGUUUCGUAAAAUAUACCGUUGUAAGGCCGGACUAUACACCUUAUUAAAGAUUUGUUUGCAGGAUUCAUGACGGUGCCUGACAAUAUGAUCUUUGUCUUCAAUAAUAAAUAAAUUCCGUUUUUUAUUUCAUCGUUUUGUCUCUCGGCACUCUUAUAUGGAAAAUCACAAUUGAAAAUUAUCGAAAGUUUUAUAUAUAGCGUUGUGAAUCCGGCUUGCAUCUCUUUGAAAUUAAUAGAUAGCGUUGUGAAUCUGGCUUGCAUCUCUUUGAAAUUAAUAGAUAGCGUUGUGAAUCUGGCUUGCAUCUCUUUGAAAUUAAUAGAUAGCGUUGUGAAUCCGGCUUGCAUCACUUUGAAAUUAAUAGAUAGCGUUGUGAAUCCGGCUUGCAUCUAUUUGAAAUUAAUAGAUAGCGUUGUGAAUCCGGCUUGCAACUCUUUGAAAUUAAUAGAUAGCGUUGUGAAUCCGGCUUGCAUCUCUUUGAAAUUAAUAGAUAGCGUUGUGAAUCUGGCUUGCAUCUCUUUGAAAUUAAUAGAUAGCGUUGUGAAUCCGGCUUGCAACUCUUUGAAAUUAAUAGAUAGCGUUGUGAAUCCGGCUUGCAACUCUUUGAAAUUAAUAGAUAGCGUUGUGAAUCCGGCGUGCAGCUCUUUGAAAUUAAUCAUUAGUCCCUUUAAUUAACUUUAGCUUAAUAGAUUUAAAGAUUUUCUUGGACAGGGAUGUAUAUUUUUCAGAAAUGAGUUUGGAGAGUCAGGGGGGAUAGAAUUUUUUAAAUGAUAAGAAAAGAUUAAGAAAAAAUCAUAAGGGGGAAAUGUUUUUUUCGAAAAAAUAUCCACCCCUGUUCUUGGAUUUGUUCCAUAUUUCCAUUUAAGCGCUUGAUUUAGUCUAACCUAUCCCUAUUCUAUGUUCUUAUCAUUAUGGCAUUAUGUUUUAACCAUGAAAAUAUAUAUAUAUAAAAUUCA